AUGGGUGGUCGGGCUUCUAUUCGAUCAGCGAAGUUUGUCGCCCCUGCCAUCUCACCCCUUUGUCCCCCCUUUGUCCUCACGCUCUUCUUUCAGUGCGAGCUCACACGAUGGUGGGUGGAAACAGGAGCCACCCAGUUAGGCUCCGGCUUCUACGUCAACAUUGCCGACGCCAAAACGAGCUUGAAACCGUCAUCUCGGCCGCUCAUGAAGAGGACCCCGAGCUACAGCAACGCGGACAAUGACUAUGGAUCGAUCCCGGUUCCCAAUGAGGUCAACGCCUGCCCUCCUCGCGGGUUUAGGUUCGCUCUAAAGCUCGCGCACGAUGACCUUCGUGCAAAGACUAACAUGUCAGCGGCUACGGGGAGCGCUCCGGGCCAAGCAGCUGAUGGCGAGCAUAAGACGGUGCGUCUGUUGCGUGGAAAGCAAACUGGAUAUGACGUGGUCACGGGCUCGGGCCUGAGCGGGUCGCCCGUGUUUAUGACAUACAGAGGCCACGAAACGGUCGUUUCCAUCCAGUGGGACCUCAUCGUCGUAUUGUGGCCUUCGAACCCGAGUCCUGACAGUGGCUCUCAGGAAAAAGUCCUCGAAAUAGCUGCCACUAGCACCAAAGCGAACAGACAGAACAGUCAAGGAAGCGGGUGCGUUUCAGGUAGUCUGCAGUUCAUCGACUUCCGGGGCUCAUAA